ACUCUUCAGCCUGAUGUCAAAAGCAAAAGUUCAGAAGUUCCUCAUCAAUAAGGAGUCCUUGUGAGCAGGUGAAGCUCAUCUAACUAGGCAUUUCUAUGAUGUGGCUGCUUUUAACAACAACUUGUUUGAUCUGUGGAACUUUAAAUGCUGGUGGAUUCCUUGAUUUGGAAAAUGAAGUGAAUCCUGAGGUGUGGAUGAAUACUAGUGAAAUCAUCAUCUACAAUGGCUACCCCAGUGAAGAGUAUGAAGUCACCACUGAAGAUGGGUACAUACUCCUUGUCAACAGAAUUCCUUAUGGGCGAAGACAUGCUAGGAGCACAGGUCCCCGGCCAGUUGUGUAUAUGCAGCAUGCCCUGUUUGCAGACAAUGCCUACUGGCUUGAGAAUUAUGCCAAUGGAAGCCUUGGAUUCCUUCUAGCAGAUGCAGGUUAUGACGUAUGGAUGGGAAACAGUCGGGGAAACACUUGGUCAAGAAGACACAAAACACUCUCAGAGACAGAUGAGAAAUUCUGGGCCUUUAGUUUUGAUGAAAUGGCCAAAUAUGAUCUCCCAGGAAUAAUAGACUUCAUUGUAAAUAAAACUGGUCAGGAGAAAUUGUAUUUCAUUGGACAUUCACUUGGCACUACAAUAGGGUUUGUAGCCUUUUCAACCAUGCCUGAACUGGCACAAAGAAUCAAAAUGAAUUUUGCCUUGGGUCCUACGAUCUCAUUCAAAUAUCCCACGGGCAUUUUUACCAGGUUUUUUCUACUUCCAAAUUCCAUAAUCAAGGCUGUUUUUGGUACCAAAGGUUUCUUUUUAGAAGAUAAGAAAACGAAGAUAGCUUCUACCAAAAUCUGCAACAAUAAGAUACUCUGGUUGAUAUGUAGCGAAUUUAUGUCCUUAUGGGCUGGAUCCAACAAGAAAAAUAUGAAUCAGAGUCGAAUGGAUGUGUAUAUGUCACAUGCUCCCACUGGUUCAUCAGUACAGAACAUUCUGCAUAUAAAACAGCUUUACCAAUCUGAUGAAUUCAGAGCUUAUGACUGGGGAAAUGAAGCUGAUAAUAUGAAACAUUACAAUCAGAGUCAUCCCCCUAUAUAUGACCUGACUGCCAUGAAAGUGCCUACUGCUAUUUGGGCUGGUGGACAUGAUGUCCUCAUAACACCCCAGGAUGUGGCCAGGAUACUCCCUCAAAUCAAGAGCCUUCAUUACUUUAAGCUAUUGCCAGAUUGGAACCACUUUGAUUUUGUCUGGGGCCUCGAUGCCCCUCAACGGAUGUACAGUGAAAUCAUAGCUUUAAUGAAGGCAUAUUCCUAAAUGCAAUGCAUUUACUUUUCAAUUAAAAGUUGCUUCCAAGCCCAUAAGGGACUUUAGAAAAAAUAGUACCCAACAAUGAGGUUGUCCCCCAGCACCCUGGGGGAGAUGCACAAUGGAGUCUGUUUUCCAAGUCAAUUGUGUUAGUGUUAUUUAUGUUUAGAGACAUCUUUGCAUGGGACCAUCUACAGGUCCUUAUAAACAAUGAGGUAGAUUAGGAAAAAAGAUAAAUAAGUUGCUACUCUAUCUGGUAUUUAAGUCUAAUUAAAUUGUAAUUUUUAGGGCAUACCAUGAAGUAUAGAAAUGUCUGAAGCUUCAAAGGAACAGUGAAAUUCCUUUAAGGUCCUACAUGGAAACCUCUGUUGUCAUUUUAUUUAUAUGGAUUGCUAUGGCAAUGGACAGAGUGUGGGAUUAGGAGGAGGGCCUGUAACUUCUUUAUAAAAGUUUCUUAGCUAUCCUGAAGAUGUAUAGACAUUUUUACUUUUUUAGGUAUUUUCAACAUCAGAAAUUCAAAAAAGUCCCCAAAGAUUCUUCCAGAGAAGCACUCUUUUCUUACAAUCUUAUCCCUGGCUAUCUGCGUGAACGGAAUCUUGAACCCAUAAUAGGAUACAUGUAUAAAAUCUUCCUUAUUAAAGCAGAAAUAAAUUGUACAGCAUCAAUAUCAUUUUAUAAUCAUAGGGAGGCUUCUUUGUUUAGCAUGUAAUGCCCCCUUUACAGGCUUUUUGUUCUUUGAGGGGUUUGAACAUUCCAUGAAAAACUGACAGAUAGGAAACUGACAAUAAAAGAUUAAGCUAAAGAUGGAAGCAGAAAGUACUAGGCUAGAUAGUCUCUAAACAUUAAGUAUUUUCUUCCUCCAUCUUAAAAGCAAUGAGAAGCCACCAAAAUAUUUUACCUAAUGGAAACCUGAUUGCCGUAUUUUUGUAAUGAUCACUUUGGCUGCUACAUAGAAAAUGGAUUAGAAGAUGCCAACAAAAGAUUCUGAGCAAGUUUGUAAAUCUGAUCAAGUGUUCUGAUGCAGGCCGAUAUCCUUCUGUGCUAAGAGAGAUGAUCCUUGGAAAAUCCAGAGCCAGCUCCAUAAUACUUUCCUGCUCUGCUGGCAAAUCCACAAGCUGCUGGCCCCUGGAGCCAUUCUUCUCUCAAAACUAGCAUUCAUCAAUUUAAUGUAUAUGUAUUGAUGGGGAAUAAUGGUCACUAUGAAAAUCAUGUGAUAAUAUGGAAAAAUACCCAUGAUAUAAUGUUAUGUGAAGAGAAGAAAAUGAAACUGGUAGAACUAUGUGAUUGCAAAUAUAUACAAAUAUUAAAACAAUUAUAUGACUUUAUAAAAUAUUUGUAUAUAAUGAAAACUGAAGCAAUAUAAAAAAUAAAAUUAGUUGUGUCAGGGUAGUAA